UCGGAGUAAGCGCAAGAUAAGCAAAAAUGGCAACGCUACCGCCGCGUAAGAACCAAACGCCAACGCGAAUCUGCAGCAGCAUGAAACCGCACCUGACCCCGCUCCAAACAUUACUCCAAAUGGGCUUCCAAAAGCACAGAGCAGAAAAAGCUUUGGCUUCGACGGGUAAUCGGGGCGUGCAAAUUGCAUCGGACUGGCUGUUGGCGCACGUCAACGAUGCCACCUUAGACGAGUGCGCACCACGAGAGUACAUCAUCUACGCGUGUCCCACGGGACCAUUUCUGCAGCAGCUCGAGGAAUUCUGGGCGAAGUCGCGUCAAAUGUGCGGCUGGAAUGGCGCUCACAAUUAUGUGCCGCAUAUAACGCUCGUGUCGUUCUUCAAGGCGCCCGAUGAAUGCUCGCUGCAGCUGUCGAAGGCUCUGAAGCAAGUGGUGGACAUGACGGGCGCUUUGUUGGAUCGCCCCAUCAAGCUGGAGCCGUAUAUGAGCCAGAACUUUAUGGGCUUCUUUGUGGCCGAAGAUGAUGCGAACUAUUUGAAGCGACUGGCUUUGCAAUAUGUCAAGGAGGUGUCCAAUUCAAUUAUAAGCGACACUUAUGAGCAGCUGGAUGCUAUUGUCGCCUGCUUCCCUUGGUGCGGCGCCGUCUCCUCGGGCACUCGCUGCAUUCCACGCAGCAGUCGAUCGAUCUCACUCGAGCCACACGUUAAGAGUCUGCACCUGACGCUCGCCUAUCAGUUCCCGCAGGCACAAUUCAAUGCACUGAAAUCACUUGUGGAAACUCUCGACGCCAGCUGCGCAUCCAAUUGGGAGCUGCGUCUCUAUUCCCGCGAUCCACGACUCGCCACCAAACAAGUGCAAAAAGUGGUCUAUCCACACAAUCCACACGAGACGGAUGAGCUGGAGUUGCGUAUUGGCGACUACAUCUACUUGAACAGCGAGGGCGUCGAUAGCUCCAGCGACGGUUGGGCCGAGGGCAUCUCCUGGCUCACAGGCAGCACCGGACACUUGCCUGUCAACUACACCGAACGCACUGCGGAAUCGGAUGCUUGGACACUGCAUCGUGUAGUUCAACUUUCGAAGAGCGUGGCAUCAUCGCUCAACUCUGCCGAGGAUCUGGACAUUGUGGACGGACGCAGCAUCUCCACAGAGCCCGAGGAGCGUCAGCGUGAACUGCAGCAAAGCACUCAGCAUCCCGAGAUCAUUGAAGGCUCGUCGUUCGAGGAGUCGGAGCAGAGCGUCGAGAAGUAUUUGCGACAGACACUGCAGCCCUGCUUGGAGUUGCCAUCUCUGCAGCUGCAGCUCAACAGCCACAACUUGUCGCAUCAACACAAUCCGCACACGCCAACCAUUGAGAUCACCACCAACAUGUCUUCGUUGUCCACAUCGCACUCGGCGUCCAAGAACGUCGAUGAGAUUAUGGUGGAGCCACCGGUCAUGCAGCCACCCAGGCCUGACGAUACGCUGAGCGUGCACUCGGCAGAGCAGGAGCACGUCUCGCAGCCAACGAGCUCCACGCCGAAUCGCAAGGUGUACAUUAUGCGACAUGGCGAACGCGUUGACUUCACCUUUGGCACUUGGAUCCCGUACUGUUUUGAUGAGUUUGGCAACUACAUGCGCAAGGAUCUGAACAUGCCCAAGGUGCUGCCACAACGCAAGCACAGUCCCGAGGGCUGGCAGAACGAUUCGCCGCUCACCAAUGUGGGACUCUAUCAAGCACGGCUCACGGGCGAAGCGUUGCAUGAGGCGCAGGUGCAGAUUGAUCAUGUCUACUGUUCGCCUUCGUAUCGUUGUGUGCAGACUUGCACCAGCGCCUUGGAGGGUCUUCAACUCAAUGGCAAGCACAAGAUUAAGCUGGAACCCGGACUCUUUGAGUGGAUGGCCUGGUAUCCCAAUGGUGUGCCCGAUUUCUUGACCAGCAGCGAGUUGACCGAGGCCAAGUACGACAUUGAUUUGAGCUACACGCCUGUGCAGCAGACGAGCGAGUUGACAGCACAGCUCAAGGAGUCCACAGAACAGUUUUACACGCGCAAUCACGAAGUUCUGCUGCAGCUGCUCGAACGAACCACUGGCAAUCUGCUGAUUGUGGCACAUGCCACCACGCUGGACACGUGCUCGCGUCAGUUGACGGGGGGCGUGGCUCGGAACACCAACGAACUGCGUCAGGUGAUACACAAGAUACCCUACUGCAGUCUAGUCACUGUGGAGCAGCAGCUCGAUGGCGUCUGGAAGCUGGUGGAGCCCGAGUGCUUGCCGGUGACCCAUUCGAAAAAUCCGCGCUUCGAGUGGAAUGCGCUAUCGACCACCUAG